UAACACAGUCGGGUGGCUCAUGCUUUUCUGACUCAUUCUCAGUUCGAGCGUCGGAGAGGAGUGAAGGUCCCAAACGACAAUAGCAAAAAAAGGGCGACGAGAUGAGCGCCAACAACACCAACGGUUUUCGCGUCGACGACACGCAGGGUCACUACGAGGAGGUGAAAAUACCAGUGCCGUGGGGGCACAUCGCAGGUAAAUGGUGGGGUUCAAAGGACCAGCAGCCGGUGUUGGCGAUUCACGGUUGGCAGGAUAACGCCGGGACCUUCGAUAAUUUAGCACCGCACCUGGUGAAGGCGAACCUGUCGGUGCUGUGCUUGGAUAUGCCUGGGCACGGCUACAGUUCGCACUAUCCGCCGGGUCUGUUCUACUACAUCUUCUGGGACGGAGUGCACGUGCUGCGGCGGGUGGUGAAGCAUUACAAGUGGUCGUCGGUGAAGCUGUUGGGACAUUCGAUGGGCGGCGCGAUAUCCUUCCUCUACGCCGCGUUCUAUCCCGAGGAAGUCGAUUGCUACGUCGCCUUGGACAUCGCCUCGCCGGCCGUCCGCGAUUCCAACAAAAUGUACAAUGUGACCGCCGGCGCCGUCGACCGUUUCCUCAAGUACGAGGGCUUCGAUUCCGGCACGGCGCCAACGUACAGGUACAAGCAGAUGUUGGAGAUCGUGGUCGAGGGGUACGAGGGUUCGGUGACGGAGGAGAGUUGCCACGUGCUGAUGAGACGCGGCACGCGCAGCGACAACGAAUGCUGCGACCAGUACACCUUCACCAGAGAUCCGAGGCUGAAGCUGUGCGCUCUCGGCACGAUGGACAUCAAUCAGGCCGUCGAUCUGGCGCGUAGGGUCAAGUGUCGAGUGAUGAACGUGCGCGCCGUCCACAGUCACACGCACUCCGACCCCGGCUACUACGACAAGGUGCUCGACGUCGUCGAGAAGAAUGCCAGAGUCCUGGUGCGCGUCAACGUCGACGGCACCCAUCACGUCCAUCUGAACAACGCGGAGCGCGUCGCCGGACACGUCGUCGACUUUCUACUCGACGAAGACGACGACCUAAUCUAGACACGAUAUUUAUUUAUUCCGCGAACGCAUCACGAAACUCGUGUAUGUAAUCCAUUUACUAUAGUAUUUUAAAAAGAAAUUAUUUAUUUUCACCGGUGAUAUAUUUGUUAUAAACGAAACCUUACAUAUUAAUUAAAAUGGUAACCUUGCACCUCGUCACCUCGACUUACGUCCCGAAAA